AUGGCUUCACUGAAUGACGAAAAGCUCUUACAUGACAUCCGCCCGAAGGUGUUAACCCAACCACUACACAACAGCAUCCCUCUGGAGCUGCUGUCGCGAUUUGACCCGGUCUUUGUUGAGAACCAUAACAAAUAUAACGCGGGAAGGCUUCACACCCAUGAGAUUCCCAUUGAAGAGUUCCGUCGCAAUCCAGCCAAAUAUGCCAUCAGCUAUGGCCGUGCGAGCGGUCCAGAUAUCUACCGCAUCUCUGAACAGAAAUGCCCCGUCCAAGGGGGAGAGAUAGGAGUACGCAUCUUCGAACCUGAACCCGUGGUCGACGAGCAUAGUAAGGUCCAGAAGAGGGCGGCUUAUAUCAAUUUUCACGGCGGUGGGUGGGUGUUCGGUGACCUAUCGAAGGAUCACGACUUCUGUAAGAGAGUCGUCGACGGGCUGGAAGGGCAGCUGGUGGCCUUUGAUGUCGACUACAGACUAGCCCCAGAGCAUCAAUACCCAACACCGGUGGAUGAUUGCUGGACAGCGAUCAACUGGGUCCGGUCAAAGGCCGAGGAGUUCAAUAUCGACCUCAAUCGAAUGGCGGUCGGAGGCAUGUCAGCAGGUGGACAUUUGGCAGCUGUCAUGGCUCAUCUCUGCCGUGACGCCGGCAUUCCCUUGCGACUGCAGGUGCUGAAUGUACCGGUGUGCGAUCUACACAGUCCGUUCAAGCCGGAUGGCACGUUCGAUCGAGAUGGCUGUCCAUACGAGUCGUACAAAGAGAUGGAGUUUACGGUGCCUCUGCCAGUAGCGCGUAUGUCCUACUUUCACAGACAUUUUCUGGGGGUCCCAAGGCCGGCAACAUCAGAGGAGGACUGGAAGAUCUCCCCCAUUUUAGCUCCCAAUUUUGCUGGGCUGGCGCCUGCAUUGGUCUUCACUGCUGAAAUGGAUCCUCUGCGGGAUGAAGGUGAAGUUUAUGCUGCCAAGCUGAAAGCUGCAGGAUGCUCGGUGGAGUUGAUGCAGAUGAAGGGAGCACCCCAUACCUUCGCUCUACUAGAUAGGAUACUGGAAUCGGGGCGGGUGUAUAACGAGAAAGUGAUUGAAGGACUGAAGGCGGUCGUCGCGAUUGACUAG